CGUCAGAGGGUUGAGACCGAGGAGCAGGUGGAUUGUGUAACCAUUAUACGAGAGCAGCUCAUCAUCCAAAGGUCCAGGGAUGGACCUCCCAUUUACGUCAGACCUUUCACGCUGACCGAUGUUCAUACUCUUCUCCGGUUUGAGCUGAGCGAUGUGGUCAAUGUCGAGAAUGAUGCCGAUGAUGCGCAGUCUCAUGUACUUACCAUCUCUACCCGUGCAUCGUUGAAAGACGACAGCUUCUCCAUGACCUUUCCACUGGACCCAGGAGAUUUCUCAGCCCGGCUCGUUGCCAUCCUUGAAGCUCGAGAUUCCAGCUGGUCGAACCCGGAUGUUGAGGAAGCCAUCUGGAUUUCGGCAGAUGCUACAUUCGAAGCUGACGGCGAUCUCACGAAAUUGACACUAUCAUUUCAGGUUAGAUGGAAUAUCAGCACCAACACUGGGGCAUCCAUCUUUCCCUCACAAUCACGAAGAUUCCGUAAAUCAAUGCUGGCAAUGGCUUUCCCGGAGAUAUUUGGCGUGCCUGCAGAGAAGCAAGCAAAUUCUUGCUCUCCUGGAGUAUUUUACGAAGCAGCCCAUGUUCCCAACCCCGAGGACACGCCUCCCGAGGACACCGAGAUUCCAGGUCUAACAGCGAAGCUCUACCCCUUCCAGCGUCGAGCCGUAAGGUGGCUGUUGCGCCGGGAGGGCAUUGAAUGGACCCUGGAUGGAAACGGCAAUACCAUCACCAAAGAAGUCGGCUAUUCUCAUUUUGAUGCUCCGAGUCAGUUCAUUGAGGCCAACGACGCCGAUGGACAGAAGUGCUUCGUCAGCCCCCUCCUUGGUAAAAUCACAAAAGACUAUGAGAUUUUCCGAGAUCUGGAACAGAAUUUCAAAGGAGGGAUUCUUGCUGAGGAGAUGGGCCUCGGGAAAACUGUCGAGAUGCUGGCAUUGUUUUGUCUCCAUCGCAUGCCCUCGGGUACAGCGGAGAUCUUUGAUAACUACCAGGGAGUCGCUAUCAAGCCAGCGCCUGGAACCUUGAUCGUCGCUCCCUCGUCUUUGAAAAACCAGUGGCUCUCAGAGCUCAACAAACAUGCACCGAACCUCCGCGUCAUGCAUUAUACUGGCCUCAGUUCAUCAGCUCGCACGUCUGCGAGCAAGACAACCACACUCAUCGAGAAGUUGGCUAGCCAAGACGUCGUCAUAACCACCUAUAACGUCCUAACGUCGGAGCUUGCCUACGCAAUGAAGGAGCCUGAACGGGCGAGGCGAGCACCGAGGAAGUACUACAGGCCGACGAGCCCGCUGACGCGGCUCUGCUGGUGGCGUGUGUGCAUGGACGAGGCGCAGAUGAUCGAGAGCGGUGUUUCAAAGUCUGCCACUCUUGCAAGACUGAUUCCUCGAAUAAACUCGUGGGGUGUCACAGGUACGCCAGUCAAAGAUUCGGUCGAGGAUCUCCGAGGGUUAUUACUGUUUCUACGGUACGAACCCUUUGCAUUCAACCUACCAGCGUGGAAUGCCCUGGUCCGGCACCACAAGGAUGGUUUCAAACGAUUGUUCAAUCAGCUCGCCCUCCGUCACUCGAAACGGCUCGUCAGGCACGAGAUCUAUAUCCCGGCUCAAAAGCGCUACGUGAUCACCAUGCCCUUCACUGCGGUCGAGGAACAGCACUAUCAAAACCUGUUCAAGGAAGUCGUUGAAGCUUGCGGCCUCGGCCUGGAUGGUGAGCCACUGCGUGAUGACUGGGACCAGGAUGACCCGAGUGUGUUAGAAGCCAUGCGUACCGCCCUCGACCGCUUGCGUCAGACAGCGCUACAUCCAGAAGUUGGCACGCGAAAUAGAAGGGCUCUGGGCCACAAAAAUGGUCCGAUGCGCACCGUGGCAGAGGUUCUGGAUGUAAUGAUUGACCAGAGCGAAGUUUCAAUGCGAGUUGACCAGCGUGCAUUGCUCUUGGCAAAGCUCACCCGAGGCCAGUUCAUGGAGAACUCGCCGCGUGUGAAGAUUGCCUUGGAUAUUUGGCAAGGUGUUUUGGAUGUCAGCAAUGCGGUCGUCGAAGAAUGCCGCAAGUAUCUUCGCCGGAUGAUGGAUCAGGCAAAGGUGUCUCAACCGAACGCAGGUGGCGGUGGCGAUGAGGACAAAAGCGACGAGGAGUUCAAUGAGAACAACACAGGUAAAGUAGGAGACGCCCGUCGACGGCUGCGAUCGGCCCUGGAGGUUCAACACAAGGCUAUGUUUUUCUGUGCGAACGCCUAUUUCCAAAUCAAGUCAAAUAAGGAGAUGACGGACCCAGAGUCUGACGAGUAUCAUCGAUUGGAGAAGCUGGAAACUGAAGGGUAUGACAAGGCGAAGGCUGUCCGUCGCGAGAUCCUCGAGGAGAGUCGGCGAAAGGCCCUCAAACUCAUGAAAAGAAUUUCCACAUCGGCGAGCCAGCAGAGCUUCGCCACCAUUCCUGACUACAAGAGCCUCGACCAUCAUGGUCUCGAAAGCCGCGCCAUCGCAGAGAGACUGGAGGUUUUGGCAGGCGAGCUCAACGAUCAAGCGGAACAACUGGACGAGUGGAGGGAACACGUAAUCCAGCUCCUGUUGAAGCCCCUCGUUGACGAGGAUGACGAGAUUGAGUUGACAGGAGAGGAGUUCGAGGAUUCCACCAAGCUUAUGGAAGAAAUCGUCGUCUACGUGCAGAUUCUGAGGACGGCGAUUGCUGAUCGUGAGGCUAUCUUAACUGGGCAGGUCAACGAGCUUGUCAAUCACGAGGCAAAGACGUCUCUACGUCAAGCUGAAGCGGGCGAAGGUCCAUAUCCGGAAAAACUGCUGGAAUUGUUUCAGCUGCGCAACGAAGUCAAGCCGCAAUCUCAUGGCUCACUGAGGGCCGCUGUAUCGGAGCUCCGCGCUGCUAAAGUCAAGAUUCGAAGCAAUGUUGGUCAAGGAUCGAAGCGCGCUCAGAUAGAGUUGGAAAUACUGGACGAGCAGCUUCAUACCACGCAAAAACAGCUCACAGAUCAGCAGAAGGUCGCACAGGCGAUGAACCAGGAGCUCGACCUCUUCACUGCUACGAUGAAUGCUCGAGUUGAGUUUUAUCGUCAACUGCAAGGCGUAUCUGAUAUGGUCGCUCCAUACGAAGGCUCAAUGAAUGAGGCCGAGGAGAGGCAGCUCAUGGUCUACGAAGAGACACUCACUAAGAAACUGGACUCAUCCCAAUCAAAGCACCGAUAUCUUCUCCAUCUGAAAGAUAUGGAUGCUACUGAUGGCGAAUCGCGAAUGUGCAUCAUAUGCCGCGAGAACUUCACGAUCGGCGUCCUCACUGUUUGUGGCCAUCAGUUCUGUAAAGAAUGCAUCACCUUGUGGUUCAAGGCAAAUCACAACUGUCCCGUCUGCAAGAAGCGGCUGAACGCCGCGAAUCUACACGACAUCACACUCAAGCCACAGGAACUCAAACUUCAUUCCGACACUCCGGGGCAAGGUCCAUCGCUUAAGAAAUUCAAUGAGGACCGCACCCAGGCCAACCCGGCACCCAACAAGUCCAUGAUCUACACUGAGUUCAGCAGCGACAAACUUGCCGACAUCCGCAACAUCGACCUCAACGGACCCGCUUUCACCACAAAGGUUGACAAUCUUGUGAGACACCUGCUGUGGCUGCGCGACAAUGACCCAGGUGCCAAGUCGAUCAUCUUCUCGCAGUACGCGGACUUCCUGUCUGUGCUUGGACUGGCGUUUACACGCUAUCGGAUCGGGUUUACUUCAUUCGACCGGACAAACGGCAUCACGGAUUUCAAGGAGGACCCAGCUAUUGAGUGUUUUCUUUUGCACGCGCGCGCACAUUCCUCGGGGCUGAAUCUUGUGAACGCAUCGCAUGUGUUCCUGUGCGAGCCACUCAUCAACACAGCCCUCGAACUCCAAGCCAUUGCACGUGUGCACCGGAUAGGGCAAGAACAAGAGACCACCGUGUGGCUCUACAUAGUUGAUGGGACCGUCGAGGAGUCCAUCUACAGGCUCUCGGUGCGACGUCGCCUGGAGCACAUCACCGAUCAGACACGUAAGGUUGACAAGAAGGGCAAAUCCAAGAUGGACGCCGCCGAGCUUGCAGACGAAGCAAUCGAGGCCGCUAACUCUAUGGAGCUCGAGCACGCGAGCCUGUCGAAGCUGAUGGGUCGCUACAGGGCGCAGGGCGAAGCAGUGGACAAGGGAGAUCUGUGGGCGUGCCUCUUUGGGCACGUCGGCCAGCAGAAGGGCAAUGAAGCUGGCGGCCCAGGAGGGGUCGGUAAGAACCCAGGUCUAGCAGUUAGGGGUUUUUUGGCUGCUGAGGCUGCAGACUGGAGGAGGGAGAACAUCUGAUCUGGGAAGGCCAACGCGUCGGAGAUUUUCACCGAGUCGAGAUGAUAGAUGGCAAUGAUCCAACGUGCAAUGUUCUGGAGCGCGGGAGUUGGGCUGAGACGGAAUACCCUUUAUAAAAGAGCUGUACAGGAAAUUCUAGAGCUUGCUGCAGGAGAUGUGGCUUUCAUGAAUUUGGAUCCAGCUAGCGGGUAGCCUGCGUUAAUGAUCUCUUUAUUCAUCUACUAACGGUCAUUUCGGCCUCGGUAGAUGUGUAUGAUCGGAUGGAGUAUAUUGGAGAGCAACAUUCUUCUCCCCUUCAGUCGAAAAGCUAACCUGCGUAGUACUCUGAGGGAAAACCCAGGAAUGAGAUAGGAAAAUAGAGAAGGAUUUUGUUC